AUGGAGGCUCUUCAAUCAAUUUCUGGUCUUGGAUUCCAGACUGAUUCGAAACUGGAUCUCUCUGCCAAAGACAAGAGAUAUCUCACAAACGUCGAAAAGGCUCUUGUCACCUUUGAUACCCUCCAAGAGUGGGCCGACUAUAUUGCAUUCCUAUCUCGACUACAAAAGGCAUUGCUGCUUGGAGACGACUCUGUGGAGCCUCAAUCUGUCGAAUGGAUCCCAUUGAGUAAUCAAGUCUCGAGAAAAUUGGCGCUUUGUCUCUCGCCUAAGUUGCCAAAUGGUGUCCACCAGAAGGCUUUGAGCCUAUACGAGUUAAUAUUUCGAGCUCUUACAAACGAUGCCUUCAACGAACAUAUCAACGUAUGGCUCCCAGGGUUUCUUCCUGUUGUUUCCUACGCGUCAAUGCAGUUAAAGCCUCAAGUGCUCAAUAUAUAUAAGACCUACGUUUUUCAGAAACUCAAACAGAGUACGAUACGGUCUAUUGCAAAGCCCGUAUUACUUUCCCUUCUUUCAGUCAUUGAUGAUGAGAAUUCCGAGGUGUACAAAGAUGCUUUUGCUCUUUUGGAUGCCUUUAAAGUAGCCAUGAACGACAACUCCUUGUUCUGGCAAACGAUUUUUCUUUGCAUCACUAGUAGCCCUGAAAGAAGAUUGGGAGCAUUGAACUGGUGUGUUGCACGUCUACCGUCAUUCAAAUUGCUUAAAGAUGAAAAGGGCUCCCGACUUUCUUCCGAGGCAGAAUCUUGUUUGAAACCUGAACCGGGCCUUUUGGUCCGUGCAUUUGCUGCCGCAUUAGACACAAGCACUUCUUUCAAUCAGGCUAAUGACAUUGUUGUGGUACGUGGUUUCUUUGAUUUAUUGUUGUCUCAUUUACCGCUCUCAUCAGAGGUAUUCCAGCAUGAAUUUUCUGCAUCAGAUAAGGAGCUUUUAAUCAUGGCUUGCUGUAGAAUCACUUUAAAAAAAGACAUGAGUUUGAACAGGCGCUUGUGGAGUUGGCUUCUUGGUCCUGAGCUGGCCGACGAAUCUACUGAUGGCGACUCUCGCGUAAACUACUUUGCUGAUAAUGCCCUUCCGAUAUUAUCAGAAGGUGUGCUCAAAAUGGUGAACUCCAAGGACUCUUCAAUGACAGUUAAGGGUCUCAAGAUUGCUUUGUCCUUCAUGCUAGAUCGCUGGGAAAUCAGUCAGUUGGUGGCUCCUCGCUUCUUUACUCUGAUUUUGCUGGCAUGUUUCAUCUCAGUCAACAGCCAAAGAGAAGGUAAGCUGGAAAUUUUGGCGAAUACAAAGCUUUUCUUCGAUGCCGUUGAAGCAAGCUUUAUUUGGGAGUACAUUAUUUGUGAGUUAAUAUUAAGUGACACGUCUCCUCAAUAUGAGAUGCUCUGUUUCUUACUCAAGAAUUUCGAUUUUCACGAUCAAGAAAUUGCUAUUCAUAUUCCCCUAGCAAUGUUGUGCUUGCUAUUAAAAUGUGAGAUAUCGGUGAAAUCUGUGGAAACUCUAAAACUUUUGCUGGGACUCGCUCAGCCCCGGCUUUUUGCUCCUAUACUGAGGGUUGAUCGACUCAACAAAGAACCUUUCUUAGAGAAAGUCAAGGAUUAUUACGAAAAUCUUCGGGGUGAUUAUGAUGUCGAGUUUCCAAUCAAGAAGUCCGACAUGUCUUUCAUGCUUUUAGAUUGCUUGAAAGAUUGGUAUGUUGACAGCGUAUCAAAGGGCUUCUUGAAUGAUGAACUCUCAUCUAUUUUAUGUCAUUUCCUUUUCACAAUUCCAACAGAAAACUACGAGAUACUUCAUUUUUCGGAUAAGAUACUUUUGGAUACAAUAUUUCACAUAAGGCCUUUUUGUUUUCAGCUAGAUGAGAUGGAGAAUCAAAAGGCGCUUAGGUUGGUAUUGAGUGCUGUUAAGUUCACGCGCUAUCUUGUUAAAGCUUCCAAUACCCAACAAAGGAAUCGGAUCUUAAGGAUAUUUCUUUCCAAUUUGUGGUAUGCGCUUAUAAGCUCCUAUCCUGCCAACAAUGAAGUCGAAGCUGUUCGGAUCAUUUUUGAUCUCGAGCUCAGUUUUGAUAGCCAUGAGAUCGAGGCUGGCCUCGUUGAAAUGAUUCUUCAUACACCAAGGGAAACUCGAUCCAGUGCAUUUUAUAAACUCUGGGUCCACUCGGCAGAUCUUAGCACAUCUGAGUCGCUUCUUGCAGGUCCAUUGCGCUUACUAUUGGACGAUUUGCACGAUAAUGCAUCUGCAAGCUUCAUGGCAUCGAAGAGACUCGUGCGAAAUAUAUUAAAAGACGGAAGCGCUGCACGUUUCUUGAAGCUUCUUACAGACCCAAUUCUUGCGUUUGAUUUCAUCAAGUCCCUGAAAACUCAAAUUGGGCAUCAUGAUGACCUAAAAAAUUUUGCCUACAGCAUAGAGUCUAUCCACAAUGUGAUUCGAAGCAACGAAAAGCUAGUCAAGGAAACUUUGAAUCACGAGCUUGUUGUUUCGGAAGGCACUGAAUCGUUUGAACUUGUCAAAACAAAUGAAUGGGACAUCUCAAAUUACAAAUCAUUACAUUUGUCUGUACUUCACAAGUUUCUUGGCCUUGAGCUAUCUUCUGAAAUUCUUGAAAGCAGACAAUUACUUGACGACUACUCAAAAUGCGUCUCAUCAUGCCUUAAGCUCUUCUCUGAUUUGGUGAUGGGAUCAGAAGCUGAUUUUACAGCUCAUUUUGAAAAGCUUCUACUCUACUGCUUAUAUUAUGUCCAAGCAAUUAAUGAUAUACCGCUAGAGAUUGAAUUGGUACAGGCGGAGUAUAUCAACACUAUACAGAAGUUCUUGGAUUUGACCAAAUCCAUGAACAUUGAUAUUAGAUUGUUGCACACGAGCACGGAAUCAAAAGACCCACUUUUAGUAACUUUGAUAAUUGAGGGUAUCAAAAAAUGCCUGUCUGCAAUUCUUUUAGAGAAAUGGUUUGCGUUGCUCACUCGCUCUCUCUAUUCCUGGAGCGAAUCUGUCUUCAGUGUGAUCUUGACAUUAAAUGACGGUAUCAUUAACAAGAUUAAGACUUACUUCGAGCGAGUGAAGCGCUUUGAGAAGGUCAAUGACUUUGUCAAUCUAGAAACAUCGUUCUCCAUUCUUCUUAGCGGUCUUGAGGAUAUGCUUUCUAUCAGCCACUCAUACCUAUUGACCUCAAGCCUUCGUAGCAAUGCCAAAGUGCCUACGGCAAAUGGCGACUCAGGCUUUUUGGGAAGUGUCAUUCUGGGAGUGUUUCAAAUUGAGUGUCCUAAUUUGCAAACAGAGGAGCAAAAUAGGAUAUAUUCUGUUCUCAUUUCAAUUCAAGAUGCUUCAAGGAUCGCCUUCGAGAUGUGGGAUUGGGCGGAAAAAGGUGUGCUGAAUCUUCCUGAGGAAUUUGCAUCCACAAAAUCAGCAACAUUUUUGAGUAAUAAGCUUAAAUUUAGGUCUCGAAAGCUUCUUGAGGCCCUCAUGGAUUUGGAGCGACAAGAAGUGAUUGAAACAAUUAUUGAGAGCUCAAGUGAGAAUCUAACAAAGCUCAAACUUCUACAUGUUCUUGACAACGGCAGACCACAAAUUACACUUCCACACAUAAUCAAUUCAAUCAUGACUCGCUGCUGCCCUCAAGGUCUUAAGGAAAGCAAUCGAUCAUCGAUGAAUUCACCUGUGACAUCAAAGCAACUCUCCGAGUUCCUAUACCCUUACUUUGAUUCGAUAGACACUGACACGAUUGAGGAUGUAUGGCAGAAAUUGGUGAUGUUCUUUAAGGAUGUCUUAGCACAUGCAUAUCACUUCAAAGCUUCGUUAUCAGAUUAUCUUCGUGUCCUCGCUGUGCUUGCCAACAAAAUAAGCGCUAAGAAAUCUAGUGAGAGAAAGGGGUAUACGAAAGAGCUUGCUGAUUUGUACCAAAGAAUGAUUACUGCGGCAUGUACCUUAUCCAUGGCGGAAAAUAAAGAUAAUCGUGAAGAGUUGGCGAUUGAGAAAAAUCUUCUUGAGACCUUGAUCUCAUUGAUUGAUUCUUUGAGUGAUGUCUUGCAAGAUUCUGACAAGGUUACAGCAGCGGUGAACACAAUUGUCAACCUUGCUUUGGUUCCCAAUUUGGGUGGCAAAUCCGACAACUGUGAGUUGGCUCUCAAUUUGAUGAAAUUGAUCGGGUCAGCACAUCCAACCCGUGUAUGGAGAAACGUCGUCAGCAAUGCCUUUAAUGACAACAAUUUCUUUGUCGCCGAGAUCUAUAAACAGAAUCAAUGGAAAUCUCUUUUGAGCAUUUGGGCAUCAACAGAAAAUGAUGCGUUGACUGAUCUUAUCGCCAGAAUAUCACCUCCGACAAAGAGCACUGCCGCCAAUAUCUUUGUAUGGAAUGAGAAAUCUGAGCUAGAAGAUAAGUUGUAUGUGUUGAAGAGGGUAGCAUACUUGAUAUUAGUGCUGUCUCCUGACCAUUUUGCAAACGUUUUAGAUGAGCUCUGCACUCGUAUUUUUUCAGUCAUCAAUGGCUCAUGCCCUGCACUGUUUAGAACAGAAUCUUUCGUGCUUCUUAGAGCUAUUGCAUUAAGAUUCGAUCAAAUACACCUACUGGCAUAUUGGUCUCCUAUCACGCAGAGCCUCGUGGAAGUGUUCAGAUCAGCUCUUUUGAGAAGUCAAAAAGAGUUGGAACAGCUUGAAGACGAGGAAGUGCAGCUCGUAUUGGGUGCAUGCAAGCUUCUUGAUCAACUUCUUCUUUUAAGAUUUGACGAGUUUACGUUGAAAGAAUGGCUUUUUGUCGAAACCAACCCAAGCGUGAUCACCGACUCCACCAAAAAUGCUCCAACAACAUUGAUCGAUUUACUAGCAGUACACACGGAAAGCCUUUCUGUGAAGAGUUCAGCAGUUCAAGUAACACAUCCUAUUGCAGGCCAAUCUAACAAGCCUACCUUGUAUCGAGUGAAGAAGGUUGAAAGCAUCGGUAGCCUUAGAAGAUUCUUUGGCCUGUUCAGCUACAUUAAUUACGAGCAGACUUACAGUCUUGCUGGCCCCAAUUUAGAGGCUUGCUGUGAUGACGUUUUCCAGGACUUGUCGGUUUCAGGCUAG